GCGGCUGCUGAGAUUUUCGGGAGCGUGGAACCUUGAACCGUGGGUUCGACUCCAAGGACCACGGACCGGUAGUUCGUCAUUUCUAUCCGCUCCCCACCAAGUCAGUUGCCAGUUCAAUAGCAACUCAGAACUGGCAAAAACCACUCCAAUCGCCGCCGCAUCCCCGUUCGUUCACCCCACAAUGAAUGCCUCUUCAAAGUUCCUUACACUUCUCAGUACCACUAAUUCACCCAUCACCCUAUUUUACCGCCCUUGCUGCUUUCUACAUCGGCGUUCCCUUACUUUCGCCCGCUGCCUCUCCACCCCUCCUCGCCGCCUCACCGGAAAUUCUUCCGCCCUCUUAUCAUCCCCCAGGACACCUCUCACUACUUUCCGGCGACCAUUUCAAUCUGAGGCCCUGCCAGUGAGUAGCACGCAUAGCUCUUUUUCUUCCACAACCCACCCGUGGCAAGAAUGGUGCAACCUAAUCAACGCGAUAUCUGCAGAUGUAAAGGUGGAGGAGCACGGAGUAUCCCCCGAGGAUGAUGGGUUUGUGGCAUACGAGCAAUUGCCAUAUGAUUUUCUUCAGGCUGCCAGUGCGUGCUUAGCGUUUGCUCGACAAAGGCCGAAUCUUUUAGGUUCACUUUCGAAGAGGGAUAUUGAAGUGGUCGUGACAAAUGGAACACCUUUUCUGUUCAGAACAGCUCUUGAAACAGCACGCAGAAUGAGGGCAUUUCUUGGUAUUGAUGGAAACCAUGCAUUAGAUCGUGGUGAUGUGCAUACAAUUGAUAUUAUGAAGUAUAUAAUAAGUUAUGCCAGCAAUCCUGCUGGCUCUCCCGGAUGCAAUACUGUGUAUAGUCGGGAACUCCUAGAAACUUCUAUUAGAAACCUUUUGCAUCAAUUGGUUGAAGUUGGCUGGGGACCUCCUGCCUCUGUCUUGCCUCCUCCAGGAGUUCACCAGUUUUCAGGCCGAGCUGGGGAAACUGCAUGGCCUGCUGGGAAAAACAUCGUGAUGAAGAGAGGUGACUGGAUUUGCCCAAAGUGCAAGUUUAUGAACUUUGCAAGAAAUAUAAAGUGCCUCGAGUGUGAGGAACUUAGACCAAGAAGACAGCUAACAGGCGGGGAAUGGGAAUGCCCCAAAUGUGAUUUCUUCAACUAUGGAAGAAAUAUGGUCUGCCUUAGAUGCAAUUCUAAACGACCUGCCGAGGCUUCAGUCAACAGCGAUACUAGAAGUUUGGGGGACGCUUAUAAUAAAACUGAAACAGAUGAGAUGUUUUCUGAGAAUGAACCAAAGGCACAAAUUCGGUUUAGUAAAAUCAAUGACACUGCAGCUGAUGAAGAGGACUUCCCUGAGAAGAAGCUUGUUGUGAGCACAACAAGAAAGACGCCUUUGGAGAGGAUGCUGCCCAACUCUCCAUACAAAGGGAACUCUGAUAGAAAGAGUCAGACUGGAUUAUAAAAACUCAAACGAGGUCACAUUUUCUUUCAGGCCAAGAGAACAGGUCCUUAAUAAUGGCUUUACUGAAGAUGAAAAUAAAGAGAAAGCUGCAAAACCAGAAAGCUGGUUUACAAAAAUGGAGAAACUGCAUAACGAGUUUCCAGAGAUCAUGCAGAAGAAAGAUUAUUCUUCGUUAACUUCAAGAAUGAACAAAAGGGAAAUCAAUAAGGAUUUUGUCCCAUUCGUUCCAUUCCCACCUGGUUUUUUUGCUACCAAGGAAACCCAGUCACCAGAUGAUAAGCUGGAUAAAGACACAGGAGGUACCGAGAAAGACACUGCAUCCAACUCCAAACAGAACCUAAGGAACAGUGGGUGGACAGGAAAGAGCUUAGAGGGGAGUGGGGUGGAGGAAGCAGAAGAUCCCUUGGACAUGUCUGAAGAGGCAAAAACGAAGAGGUGGUUCAAGCGUGUAUCUCAAAUAAAAGACAUAUCUGAGCUUAGUGAGAUACCCGAUGAAGACUUCCCAACGAUAAUGCCAAUGCGCAAGGGGGUUAAUAGGUUUGUCGUUAGCAAGAGAAAAACCCCAAUGGAGAGGCGGUUGACGUCUUCUACACAGUAUAGAAUGAAUCACCCGGUUGUGAGUUCUAAUGAUGAACCUACGAGAACGGAAAACGAUGAUAACAAUAAUGAAAUAAAAUAAGCAGCGGUAUUUUGCUGAAUUGUUUUUCUUCACAGCUCUAACUUUUGUAAACGCAUAUACAGCCUAACUAGAUACAAGGACAUACUAAACAUCAAUUCUAUGUUUGUACUCCUGGAGUCCCGGAAAUACUUGAGGAAAGAAAAUAAAAUGCCUAGGAAUAUUGUUGUGCCUGGAUUUCCCUGGAAA